GUUGUCUCCGGUACCAACCGCGGUGAAUAUACCUACACAAGUGGACAAGCACGAAGUGGACGGCUUUUUUUUUCCCUCCCUUUUUUCUCUGCAACAGACAACUCGGGAUCUAUCCACUUGAACACCUCAACGACUCGCUUUGUCUCACUUCUUCUGCAUACCACCGCACAAGAGCAACCAGUCGACAAUCCAACCCUCCGACCGCAUAGUGUGUGACUAGGUGAUAGCCAUACCCCUCCAUCGUGACCCCGCGCUGCAAUUCGAUUCGCCCAAGCAGCCUAACCACGCCUUAGCCUACCAAGCCUCAACCAGGUGCUGCUGCAGCCCUUUAUACUCGGCCGAUCUCCUCUCCUCAAACCCUUUCCUCUCUUCUUUUUUCCCCCAGUCGUCAUACAACGACCGUCCUCAUGGGGGAUAUGACGAACGACAUCAAGCUCCUCAAAGGCAGCAGCCAUGGGGAAUUGUCCGAGAAGGUCGCGCAGCGACUGGGCAUUCCCCUUGCGAAGACUAUGAGCCUGAACUACUCGAACCAGGAAACCAGCGUCCGUGACGAAGAUGUUUUUAUUGUGCAAUCCAGCGAGCCCGGCAACAUCAACGACGGUCUCAUGGAGCUUCUCAUCAUGAUCCACGCUUGCAGAACCGCUUCCGCCCGCCGCAUUACCGCUGUCAUCCCUUGUUUCCCCUACGCUAGACAAGACAAGAAGGACAAAAGCCGUGCUCCGAUCAGCGCGAAGCUUGUCGCGAAUAUGCUGCAGGUCUCCGGUUGCAACCACGUCAUCACGAUGGACCUCCACGCCUCACAGAUCCAGGGCUUCUUCAACAUCCCCGUCGACAACCUCUACGCCGAGCCGAGUGUCCUGCAGUGGAUUCGAUCCAACAUGAAUGUCGAGGACUGUGUCAUCGUCAGUCCCGACGCGGGCGGUGCCAAGCGUGCCACCGGUAUUGCCGAUCGCCUCGAGACCGGCUUCGCGCUUAUUCACAAGGAGCGCCCGCGGCCCAACGUUGUCGGCCGCAUGAUUCUUGUUGGUGACGUUACGGACAAGAUUGCCAUUCUUGUUGACGACAUGGCUGACACCUGUGGCACCCUCGCUAAGGCCGCUGAGACUCUUGAGACCGGUGGUGCUCGUGAAGUCAUCGCCAUCGUCACCCACGGCGUGCUGAGCGGCAAUGCAGUCGAGACCCUGAAUAAGAGCUGCCUGUCUCGCAUCGUUGUCACUAAUACGGUGCCCCUUGGCGACAAGAUCGAGCGCUGCCCUAAGCUGCGCGUCAUUGACAUCAGCCAGGUCCUGGGCGAAGCCAUUCGGCGCACUCACAAUGGUGAGAGUGUUAGCUACCUCUUCAACCACGUGCCCGUCUAGAGAGGAGGCAUUACGUGGGAUUUGCGUCAGUUUUUGCCCAGGGUUGCGAAUGGCAUGGCAUAGGUCUCUUUCUUCAUUUUUUCAUUUUCAUUUUCAGGGAGGCGUACUACGGUAAAUAUCGGCAUACGAGGGAUUUCUUCAUGAAGACAUCGCUGCGACAGGGAAAGGAAAGUUCAGAAAUUCCAGUCCGGUGGUACGUGGAUGAACAAGACGUUCGUCCUCCGUGGCACAUCUUUUGGUGCUUUCACUUUGCGUGAACAAGCGAGGCGGAAGGUGACAGACAGACAGUAUGACGCUGCUUUUUCACUUGAGCCUUCCUCCUGUAUCCACAAGUGAUUCUCAGGGUCUAGUCGAGGCGGUCUGGCCCAGCUACAGUGAACCCUUCCCCCGUUUGGCAUGCGGAAGAAUUUUUCGGCUCCCCACGGGUACAGGCUCAAUGGCGAGGCGGGCAAGUCGAGAGCGUGACUAGUCUGCCUGACAAAAGGUGUCUGGAUUAGGUAGGAAAAAUGCUCAUAAGAGGAAGGUUGGGAUAACAAACGAAUCACAAGAGCAGUGGCUAAUCGAACGUUCAAACGGACU